AUGGGUCGUGUUAUUCGCAACCAGAGAAAGGGCCGUGGCUCUAUCUUCACUGUACGUCGACUCAACAAGGCCCCCGCCCAGUUCCGCACUCUCGACUUCGCUGAGAGACACGGCUAUGUUCGUGGUGUCGUGAAGGAGAUCAUCCACGACCCCGGCCGUGGUGCCCCUCUGGCCAAGGUCGUCUUCCGUGACCCCUACCGCUUCAAGCUCCACACCGAGACCUUCAUCGCCAACGAGGGCAUGUACACCGGCCAGUUCAUCUACGCCGGCAAGAACGCUUCCCUCACCAUCGGCAACGUCCUCCCUCUCGGAUCCUGCCCUGAGGGUACCGUUGUCACCAACGUCGAGGAGAAGAUGGGCGACCGUGGUGCUCUUGGUCGUACCUCUGGUAACUACGUCACCGUCAUUGGCCACAACCCCGACGAGGGCAAGACCCGUGUCAAGCUCCCCUCUGGUGCCAAGAAGGUCGUCAAGUCCAGCGUCCGUGGUAUGAUCGGUAUUGUCGCUGGUGGUGGCAGAACAGACAAGCCUCUCCUUAAGGCUUCGCGCGCCAAGCACAAGUUCGCUGUCAAGCGCAACUCAUGGCCCAAGACUCGUGGUGUUGCCAUGAACCCCGUCGAUCACCCUCACGGUGGUGGUAACCACCAGCACAUCGGUAAGGCCUCGACCAUCUCCCGCUACGCCGCCCAGGGUCAAAAGGCUGGUCUCAUUGCCGCCCGCAGAACUGGUCUGCUCCGUGGUACACAAAAGACCAAGGAGUAA